AUGGCCGUCACAUCCAUCCAAGACCGGACCGCCGAGUUCAAGUCGGUCUUGACGCAAGUCCAAAAACGACAGGCGCAGUCCAAAGUUGGCGCCCAACGACGCUCCCUUCUUACAGAUUCGGAAAAGGACGCAGCAAAUGGCGACGCGACGAGGCCGCGGCGAUCCGAUUUCGCCAGAAAGGCAGCCGAGGUUGGACGAGGAAUCGCUGGGACGAUGGGAAAACUGGAGAAGCUAGCGCAACUUGCGAGGCGGAAGACGCUGUUUGACGACCGGCCCGUUGAGAUCAAUGAGCUCACAUUCAUCAUCAAGCAAGAUCUAUCCUCCCUCAACCAACAGAUCACUGGGCUGCAACAGCUAGCGCGGCAACAGCACCCCAAAGGCGACCAGGAAGGGGAACAUAACAAGAAUGUCGUAUUCAUGCUGCAAGGCAAGCUGACGGACGUAUCUGCCAAUUUCAAAGAUGUGCUCGAGGUCCGGACCAAGAACAUACAGGCGUCGAGAUCGCGGACGGAGAACUUCGUCUCGUCUGUUUCGCAACACGCACAGCCGGCGAUACAACAGUCAGCAUCCCCUUUAUAUGGUACACCAAGCCGAGGAACGCCAUCUCCAGGAGGUGACACCCUUUCCCUCAACCCAGUCGGCGAUCAGCAACUGCUUCUGAUGGAGGAAGCACAACCACAAAAUACUUAUAUCCAACAACGAGGGCAGGCCAUCGAGGCAAUAGAGCAAACCAUCUCUGAGUUGGGUUCUAUCUUUGGCCAAUUAGCACAGAUGGUAUCGGAGCAGGGCGAGAUGAUUCAGCGCAUAGACGCCAAUACCGAGGAUGUGGUAGACAAUGUCCAAGGCGCCCAAAGAGAGUUGCUCAAAUACUGGUCUCGAGUGUCAAGCAACCGAUGGCUCAUUGCCAAGAUGUUUGGAGUUUUGAUGAUAUUCUUUUUACUAUGGGUUUUGAUCGCCGGAUAG